CCUCCGCCACCACAUUCUCAACCCCGCGCUCCCGUCCUGCCCCACCACCGCUCAAUCCACCUCCGGCCGCAGAUCCGUCGCUCCCUGUGCGCCAGCGCCGCCGCGCUUACUCGCGGUCCCAGCACACAAGCGUAGCUAGUCAGCCAAGAGAGAAGCGAGAGACUAAGAUCGACAUGUCAGAAAUCGUCAACAACCUCCUCGGCAAACUCGCCGACCUACUGGGCGACGAGUGUCAGAAGCUCAAAGGGGUGGAGCAUCAUGUGCAGUUCCUCGAGGAUGAGCUCAGCGCCAUGAAAGCUCGCCUCGAGGAGCUGGGGCCAAGGGAUGAACUCGAUCCCUCGACGAAGGACUGGCAGGGCCAUGUCAGCGAUAUGGCCCACAACAUGGAGGAUUGCAUUGAUGACUUCAUUCUCAAUCUUAGAAGUGUCAAUGCCAACGCAGGUUUUAUUGAGAAGGUCACUCAAUUUCUCAAGAACCUGUGGGUGCGUUAUCAGUUUACAAGCCAGAUUCAAGAGCUCAAGGAUCGUGCCAUAGAGACGAAUCAUCGACGCAAAAGGUACAAGCGUGAUGAUAGCAGUAACUCUAGCUCUGACCUUGUGGCUGUCGAUCCUUGGAUGCCGGCACUCUACAGAGAGGCAGCCUGCCUUGUGGGUAUUGAUGCCCCAAGGGAAGAGCUUGUCCGUUGGCUGACAGAUAGUGAGCAAGAACUCAAGGUGGUCUCUAUUGUGGGAUUCGGAGGUCUUGGUAAAACCACACUUGCCAAACAGGUGUAUGAUAAGAUUGGUGGACAAUUCAAUUGUAAGGCAUUUGUGUCGGUUUCCCAGAGACCAAACAUGGCAAGGCUCUUGACUGGGCUACAAUCAAAGCUCAAGAGAACAGAGCAUUGCUGCACUCAGGAGGUGCAAGAGGUGCAAGACAUCAUCAGCAAGCUUCGAGAGCAUCUCACACACGAGAGGUACUUCAAAUAUUGCUUACGUCUUGGUAUGCAUCCAGAGGACUACGAGAUCAUGAGGGAUGAUCUUGUUCGACAAUGGAUAGCUGAAGGCCUUGUGCGCAGUUUACCUGGGCUAGAUUUGGAGGAUGUUGCAAGGAGUUAUUUCAAUGAGCUUAUCAACAGAAGCUUGAUUCAGCCUGAACGGACAGUCGCUGGGGAUGUGAUUUCUUGCAAAGUGCAUGAUGUGAUUCGUGAUGUUAUUAUAAGCAAAUGUCAAGAAGAAAAUUUCAUGAGUAUGGUAUACAAUUCUGAAGACAUGGCAAGAUUGCAUGAAUGCAAGCCCAAGGUCCGCCGAUUGUUCUUUUGCUCGAGUUCUAAUGAUGCCACAAAUGGUACAAUAUCAAGGGCUACUGGUCUGUCGAAGGUUAGAUCGAUUGUGUCAUUCGGAGGGUCCAAGUACUUGAAUUCUUUAUUGUUUUCCAAAUAUCUCCGGGUGCUGCUCAUUGAAAACUGGGGUAUCACAGUUGAUCUCAGUGAUAUCAACCGCUUGUUUCAUCUGAGAUAUUUGAAGGUUACAGCAGGAAACAUAAAGCUUCCGUCUGAAUUGAAAGGACUAGUGCAUUUGGAAACACUGGAACUGACUUCUGAUUCAAUUCCGUCUGAUGUAGUUCAGUUGCCCCGUUUAUCCCAUCUGACUGCUCUAUGUCAUAGGCUGCCUGAAGGGAUCGGCAACUUGAAAUUACUGCGAACUCUGAAUGGGUUUCAGUUGACAGGUUGCUCCUCAGAGGAUAUCAAGGGCCUGGGCGAGCUAACCAAUUUGCGGGAGCUCUUUUUCGUCAUAGAAGAUACAACUGAAAUUGAUGAUGCUUUGGUCUCCUCCAUUGAAAAACUUCGUAAGCUGAGACAUCUCAGGUUUUCUCAUAACUGGUAUCUUGACAAUGACAGUCUGUCAUCAUUAUCCAAUCCUCCCCUCCUCAUCGAGACACUUCGGAUGAAAGGUAUCAUCACCUUCAGAAUUCCAAGAUGGAUUGGUGAUCUCCAUUGUCUCCAUCAUCUGGAGCUGUAUGUUAGGCAGACAUCGACUGAUGACAUUGGUCUUCUUGGAGAGCUGCCCUCCCUGAUGGAAUUCAAAUUAUGUUUGUUGCAUUUUGCUGCAAAUGGAGCUAUCAUAGUCCGCACAGGAUUAUUUCCAGCUUUGGAGUACUUUCAGACAUACUUUCAAGACGAAGAUCAUGAGCUACACUCUGCACAAGACGAUGUUAUGGCACACCUGUGCUUCGAGGUCGGGUCAAUGCCCAAGCUACAAAGACUCGAGCUACAUUUAUGGGAGGGGCACUGGGGCGGCGCUACCCCAGUCGGCAUAGAGCACGUGUUAGCUCUCCAGCAAAUCAAGUUGGGGUUCGCGUAUUGCGGCGAAGUGGACCGUCGUGCCGAGUCUGCGUUCAGGGACGCCUUGCAGGCGCACCCGAACCGUCACUCCAUUCGAUUCAAUUAGCAGCAAGAGCAGGCCGCAAUUAGUCUUUCGAUCGUCUUUUUUCCAUAGUAUUCAGUAUUAUUUUUCUUGCCGUUGGCUUUCUUGUAACCAUGUACACUCUUGAUGGGCACGGUGUAGGAGUUGUUUUCACACAUCCCUUUGUUCAUUUAUUUAUUCACUCCGUUAGUGCAGUGCCAAUCGAGCUAUGAGUUAUUUGGCCAAAUCAUAUACAGCGAUCUUAAGUUUCUUUUA